AUGGCAACUCCUCCUCGCUCUAAAAGCGGCUCAGUCGAUGUCAAAGUCGGGAUUGAGUGGGAAGAAAACGCUCCUACCCGCGACCCUCUACUGGAGCCAUACGACCUCAUAAGAGACAAAAGCCCGGAGGAGCUCAAAGCACUCGAUAGAGCUGUUCGCAAACGUCUCGAUUGGAAGUUUCUCCCAAUGGUGUGUGCCAUGCUUAUGAUGAAUUAUCUAGACCGCAUCAACGUCUCGAACGCACGACUUGCCGGCAUGCAAGAUGACUUGCACAUGUCAGAUACGAUGUGGUCUGCCGGUAUCUCGCUUUUCUAUGUGGGAUACAUCAUUUCACAGGUUCCCGCAAAUGUCAUCAUCGCGAAGGGAAAGCCACGAAUCUUGCUUCCGUGCUGUAUGCUUGGGUGGUCCAUUACCACUUUAUGUAUGCCUGCUGUCACUGCCGGUUGGGGCUUUCUCUUGUGUCGCUUUGUAGUAGGCCUGACUGAAGGCCCUUUCGUGCCAGCGGUGUCUUUGUUGACGUCGUCUUGGUACACGAAGCAUGAGUCUCCGCUCCGCAUGGGUAUUUGGCACGCCGGAAACACAAUAUCGCAGGCUAUUUCUGGCCUUCUGGCUGCUGGAGUCCUCCGCAAUAUGAAUGGCAUAGCCGGACUAUCAGCAUGGCAGUGGUUUUUGCUUCUCGAGGGUAUCGUCAGCAUCAUUAUUGGUCUGGCAAGCUUUUGGUUCAUUCCCAACUUUCCCGAGUCGACUGGGACCUAUGUCCUGACUGCCGAAGAGUUGCAAAUGGCUCAGUACCGGCAAACUGUGUCGGCCGGCGGUCGCACUGAAGACGAUGAGGGCGACUACUGGGGUGGAGUUUGGAUGGCACUCAAAGACCCAUUCACAUACCUUUUCUCUGCUAUUCAUUUCUGCCUUAUAAUCGCGCAGUCUUACAAAGACUUCUUUCCAUCGGUCAGUCAAAACCACGUCAGCUCCCACCACAGGUCGAACUUCAUUACUUACGUCAGACUUCUCUAG